UGUGUGUGUGUGUGUGUGUGUGGCUCGUAACCAUGUCUAGGAUGCUGCCAACACGGUUGUCAUGACUCCCUGCGAUGGAAAGGAGGACUCGACCGAGUGGUGCUGUGGCUUCAACAAUACCGCAUGCUGCGGGACAUCUGCGGCCAUCACCCUGACUGCCCUCGGCGGCGGUUCCACGGCAUCCGCAAUGAAGGCGAUGAGUUCGACGGCAAGCAGCUUAACAGCGAGUACCUCCUCAACUGCUUCCUCGCAUAGCUCAUCUAGCCUUUCAACCGGCGCAAAGGCUGGGAUUGGCGUUGGGGUCGGUCUCGGCGGCCUAUCCCUCCUUUCCCUUCUGGCCUUUCUCUUCCAUCAACGUCGCAAGCCUCUACAGGCCUCUUUGCCAUCACCAGGCGGUCCACCAGAAAUGCCAGCAACUGCGACAUCACAGCUAUAUGAGAAACCGGUUGUUACAUCACAGCUACACGAGAAGCCGGCUGGUGCGAACUCCACACGACAUGAACUUAUGGACAUGAGCACAGAGAAUUGAUGGAGCUGGUU